AUGUCGAGGAGCGGCGGCACCUUCACCGACCUCAAAAACGCGCAGACGGACGCAAACGGCACGCCGCUCUACGGCAUCGACAAGGAGCUCGCCGAGAAGGCGAGCCGCGCCCUCCUUCGCGCGGCGUCCAAGUACGACCCCGCGCUCGAGGCGGACUGUCGGUCGUGGCUGGAGGCGGUGACUGGCACGGCGCUCCCGGAGGGCACGCUGCACGAGGCGCUCAAGUCGGGAGUGGUGCUGUGCAACGCGGUCAAUGCCAUCAAGCCGGGAGAGAACAUCGCAAACUUCUCGACCGCGUGCGAGUCGCUCGGAGUCCCAAAGUUCUCCCUCUUCCAGACCGACAUGGGCGCUGUCCUGCUCACCCUGCAAGCGCUCGGCUCUGCGGCGCAGAAGGUGCGGCAGUUCACGCCGGAGCAGCUCGCGGCGGGCAAGGCCUCGCAGACCUUCGUUGGCCGGGGCUCGACCGGCACGUCCGGAAGCAUGGGCGCGCACGUCGACAACAGCAGGAACAUCAACAAGAUGCAGCACGUCGUCGGCGAGAUGGGCAACCUCGGCAUCGACGGCACCAUCUCGGCCAUCGGCGCGGGCAGCCACGGCACGCCCGGCAGCAAGAUGGGCGCAAACAUCGACCACUCCAAGGAUAUUGACAAGUUGGCGCAAGUUGCGGGGGCGGAGGUGAGGGCAUCGAAGGAGGUGAAGGAGAGCUCUUGAGAGAGAGACAGCUCUUUCGAGCCGGCGCGCGGGGGCUGGCCGGUGCCCCUCUAACUGCGUGGCCUCCCGGCGGGAGGACGCGGCGCUUUUGAGUUUGUGACCUUCAGGUUGUGUGUGUGGGCUUGUACUGUGUCUGUGCACUGUGGUCACAGAUGGGGAGCCGCCGGGAGGGGGCGGGAUAUAA